UUAUGGCAAAUGUCGUAGGGGUACUGGCGAAUGUCAAUCUGGCGGAUGUCGUGUGGACAUUCGCCAGUCGCCAAUAUGGCGAAUGUCUAUUGGCGAAAGUUGAAUUGGCGAAACGCGACUUUACCCUUUGAGCUGAUAAUGAACAAUUUAGGGCUCUUAUUAUAAAUUCUAUAAUUUUGCAAAGAAAGGUUGUGUAGAGCGGGGGGAUGCUUCAUUUUAAUCAGAAAUUUACGCGCUACAAUCCUGAGUUGUUAAGGAAAGCUUGGGUCAUUUUUAGGGGUAUCUCAAAAACUGGUUUUCCGAAUAACUGGAUCUUCGAAGAGCUAUGGGGAAGCCCCAUGGUCAUAUUUGGAAUCAGCAUGGUCGAUACCCUAUAACCCACUAGAUAUCGAUCAAAAAGCGAUUUAUCACCUCGGGAGGUUCCCUCGUUAGCUCAAUUAGAAAAGCUCCAUCAGCGUGCGUGAGCUAAGAUCUAAAAAUGUGAAACCCCUUGAGAUGUAACCGGAAAUCUGGUUUUAGCAAAAAGGAGGAUUACUUUUUCUUAUUUUCCCGAGCUAUUUCUUGCCAUUAUACAGUUCAUAUCCUCUUUUCCAUGUGGAUAAAGAGAGGAGUUCCACAAGACUUAUCUAACGACUCUCAAAAGCAUAAAAAACAUAAAGCAUAAUUUUUCGCUAAUUUAAACUAAAGUAAUUAGAGAAAAUCCUUUCCCACUUUUUAUACUAAUCUGAAGCAUACCAGUUGUACUAUAUAUUGAUCUACUUUUUAGAAAAAAAGUCCCUUUCAGUUUUAAAGAUAUAGAACUGCCAAUAUCACAGAUUAAAAGUAUUUCUUAGGCAUGAGGUAACGACAAAUCAUCGAAAGUAUUUUCAUCGAACGACAUUUCGUCGAAAGAUUUUUCAUCGCACGGACUUUUCGUCGAGCGACUUUUAAUCGAAAGGUUUUUCAUCGCAUGAACUUUUCAUCGAAUGGCAUUUCGUCGCAUGAAUUUUCGUAGAUAACUGAACGAUAACCAUAAAGUAAAUAGACGCACAAGAAUAACUGAAAAAGUACUAUGAAUAAGGGUCGAAUUUUUCGACGGCGGCAUCUCAAAAUUCGGCUUACAUCUCUAUGCACACAUAUCAUACUGUUUGUUAUGCUCAAAAUCAAGACAUUCUAUCGCUGUCAUUUUUUUUAGUCUAUUGUUUUCAUUUUUUAAUUAUAAUACUAAUAAUAAUAGUAAUAAUCGUAAUAAUAAUAAUACUCUCAUUACAAGUAUGGCUAGUUUUUAUCAACUACUAAAGGCAAACGUUUACUGCGCUUUAAUGGUUAUGAAUAUGUAACUGAAAAAAAGUCCGGAGAAAAAACAUAUUGGAAAUGUAAAGAUUAUUGGUCAAAAAAAUGUAACGUUCGUAUUCAUACAUUAAAUAUUGAUGAUUCUAUUGUUCAACAACCAAAGUUCGACCAUGAUCAUCCUGCAGAUGCUGCCAAAAGUGAGGUUCGCGAUUUGAUGAAUAAUUUAAAAGACAGAGCGAAAACAAUUAAUGAGACCACCAAUGAUAUAUCAUCAGCUUUUAUGACUGGUGUUUCCGAAGAAGCAAGAGCCACUAUUCCUGAUCUCCAUCAUGUAAAACGUAAUAUACAAAGAGCACGUAUUACUGCUGAUUCAGCACCUGAACCACUUGAUCUAUAUUUUGAUCGUAUACCCAUAUAA